CAGAAGAAGGAGGCGUUGGUGGGGGGUUUGCGUGAGGGCCAUGCCCGUGAGGUGGCCGGCCUGCAGGCACGCCGCGACGCCGGGACCACGGCCAGGUGUGCGACGGAGAUGCGCCUGCGAGCGGCGGUCCCCCUCGCCUCGGCAUUCGCCCAGUCCCGGCCCUCCAAUCACCCCGCAAGAGUACGGGAGGCGCUGGGAGGCCACACAGAACAGACAGCCACAAGGAGGCACGGCGCCGGCGUGUGUGUGUUGUGUGCAGGAGCGUGUGGUGCCCAUGCAGGUCGGCGGGCCAACGAUGGAAGGUGCGCGUCGCUCAAUCGCUCACACACACGCUUAUACAUCCCGUAUCUGUCUGUCCAUACAAGCAGGCUCAUGCCAACCAACAGGGGGAGGUCAUGAUCAGUUUGGAGUCAAGUUUCGACUUCUCCUACCUUCUCCCCAGUGCACACUCACAGCAAGUAUACAGGUAUGUACCCACCCCACCAUUGUGCGGAUUGUGUGGAUUUCAUUGAUUGUCUGCCUCGUUUCGUGCAGCCCGCCACUUGACAUGACGUCUCCCUCGUUGUCACUCGUUGUUCGUGGUGCGGCAGGAAGCCCCACCAGUACGCCAACAGCUCCCCGAAUGAUCAGAAACUCUCUUUGGGCGUCGUGUGUAUAUAGGCGAAGAAGGCAGUGGUUGUUGGCGUCAACUACCUCGACACCGCCCUCUCGCUCAAGGGAUGCGUUAACGACGCUCUCUGGUGGAAGCACACGCUUGAGAAGCGUUUUGGCUUUUCAGGGCCGAAUGUCCCUCUGCUGGUCGACGACGAAGGCCGACACGAGACGCUCAACAUCGUCAAGGCCCCACCCGAUUCUGGCAGAAUGCUGACAGACAAGAGAGAGGGAAGAGUGGAUGUGCAGGUGCCGAUAAGAGACAACAUCACGAGGUAAGUCGUAUAAUGUGACGGAGCUCGUGUGGAUGAGCGAUUGUGCCCUUAGGUCUCUGAAAUGGUUGACGACGGAUGCCAAGCCGAGAGACAUCCCGUGCUUUGUCUUCGGCGGAGGCAGAGGUAAGGGAUUCCGGCGGAGCAGCAGCGGUAAGGGAUACUACGAGAGUUUUUUCACGUCCGUCCGUCAGGUUGAGUCCACCCCAUACGUCCACCCAGUUGCACUGUGUGUGUGCGGUGCCUGCAGGUCUACUCAGAAACAACUCAGGGGAACGUCAGUCAGUCAGUCAGGGGAGGGAGGGAGGGAGGGAGGGAGGGAGGGAGACAUGGAGUGGGGCAGCAGAGAGAGCCCAGAGGGGCAUCCCCUGUGAGCAUGUGUCCAUCGUGUGUCGUUGUGUAUUGCCUGUCGUCAGAUUGAGAUGAAGGUGCUCCAGGAUCAGACCGGGGGUGGACUGGAGGAGGAGCAUGUGUCUUACUGUGACCAGCUGAGUGCCGUCGUCGGUCGCUAUCUCGCGCAGACCGGCCAGACACGCUCCCAUCGCCGUGCGGCGCCAGUGGGAGGCGGAGACCGCCAAGUAAGACACGCACACACACACAGAUCUCAGUCACCCACGUGCAGGCCAUGCUGAUGGGAUGGCCUGGGGAUGGCUGCUUCCAUACUUGUGUAUCGCCCAUCAGGGGCAUCCUGCAUGCUAUCGAGCAGCGGGCCCACUCAACUGAACCCUCCCCGGCAGCUGCCGCUUCGACGCUGUCCAAGUCGGCGAGGCGCCGGGCCAAAAAGAAAGCCCGCAAGGCGGCCGUAGC